GUUUUGUGGUGUGUCUAUUGUGAACAUUUAUUUCUAGAAUGUCUUCAGAUCGUCUCGUCGUUUUUCCUUCCCGAAUGACUUUACAAAUAAUCAAAGGCAAGCUACGUGCUGCAAAGAAAGGCCACACUCUUCUUAAGAAAAAAGCAGAUGCACUUACAAUCCGUUUCCGAUCAAUUCUGUCAAAAAUUAUUUCUGUUUUUUUUAUUUUAUAUCACAAAAAGACCAAAGAAACAAUGAACGAUACUCUCAAACAAGCAUCCUUUUCCUACGCAGAAGCAAAAUUCACUUCCGGGGACUUUUCGAAGAAUAUUCUGAACAACGUGUCCAAAGCCCGUACAAAAGUGAGAACUCAGACAGACAACAUAGCCGGAGUAGUCAUUCCUAGUUUUGAAGCUUUCCAUGACACUGUCGACAGUUUUGUAUGUUAAUUAUCAGACUACGGUCUCCUUGGUCUUUCGGCAGGUGGUCAGCAGUUGGAAAAACUCAAAAAAAAUUAUCAGUCAAGCAUUGAGGUGUUGGUGUCUUUGGCAUCUCUACAAGUGUGUUUCUCGUUGUUGGAUGACGUGAUAAAGCAGACAAAUCGGCGUGUGAAUGCUCUCGAUUUUGUGGUCAUUCCCAAGAUAUGUCGAACAGUCAACUAUAUUGUCUCAGAACUGGAUGAGAGAGAAAGGGAGGAGUUUUAUCGUCUGAAAAAGAUUCAGAAUAAAAAGCUUAUUGAACGGGAGGCUGAGGCUGAAGUAGUUAGUGAUAAUCAUGUUUCGGAUGGUGAACGUGCCACCGCGAUUUUCGAUGAUUACAUUAUUCCAGUAGAAGGGGAUUUGCUGUUUUAG